GUGUUGAGAAAGGCAGUGUCCCUGUCGGUGCGAAGGGCAAGGGUGAGGGCGAGAGUGAGCCUGAGAUCGAGGAAGGGGAGGUGUUCAAGCCGCACGUCGACACGUCGGGCAUCAGCGAGAAGAAGCUGAUGCGCAAGAUUGACUCGCGGACGAUUCCGUGGCUCUCGUUUCUCUACCUACUCGCGUUCCUGGACCGGUCGAGCAUCGGGAAUGCAAAGCUUUAUGGAAUGGAGACCGACCUCCACAUUAGCGACACAAAGUAUCUGCUCGGUCUCACCAUCUUUUUCAUUCCCUAUGCGAUCUUCGAGGUCCCGUCCAAUGUCAUUCUCAAGCGCCUGAAGCCGUCCGUGUGGCUUUCGGUGCUCAUGUUACUAUGGGGUGUCGUGAUGACGGUGCAAGGUCUCGUUCAUAAUUACGGUGGCCUCAUGGCGAUCCGAUUCAUGGUCGGUACCUUCGAAGCUGGGUUCUUUCCUGGCGUGAACUACUAUCUUUCGUGCUGGUACAAACGCUCAGAGUUUGGCAUCCGGGCCGCCGUGUUCUUCUCCGCAGCGACAGUCUCAGGCGCAUUUGGCGGCCUCCUUGCUGCUGGCCUCUCAAAAAUGGAGGGCGUUGGCGGCAAAGCCGGCUGGUCGUGGAUCUUCAUCAUCGAGGGGCUCGUCACCGUCGUCGCGGGUGCCAUGUCCUUCUGGAUCAUCGUCGACUUCCCAGAGGACGCCGGGUUUCUCUCGGAGCCCGAGCAGGUGUUCGUCAUCAGGCGGCUGCAGGGCGACGCCCAGUUUAGCGCGGCGGGCGAGAAGCUCCGAUGGAAGUACAUCGAGCAGAGUUUGGCGGAGUGGAAGACGUAUCUGAGCAUCAUCGUGUACGCCGGCAGCGACAUGCCGCUGUAUGCGUUCGCGCUGUUCCUUCCUAGUAUUGUUAGCGAGGCAAGGUACAGCGCCACCCCCGCGAACCUGCUCACUGUCCCGGUAUAUGUUCUCGCCUGCAUCUGCACAUGUACAGUCGGCUUCCUCGCAGACCGAUACGGCAAUCGAGGACUCUGGAACUUCAGCUGCCUUUGUAUAAGUGCCGCGGGAUACAUUAUUCUUAUCUCAUCUCGGAACGCCACCCUGUCGUACAUCGCGGUAUAUUUAGCGGCCUGUGGGAUCUACCCAUGUAUACCAAACACGGUAGCGUGGGUAUCGAAUAAUGUCGAGGGAACAUACAAGCGGAGUGUUUCGCUUGCUAUGGUUAUAUCAUGGGGAAACAUCCAGGGAGCCAUCAGCUCCAAUGUCUACAGAGCUAAUCAGACGCCAUGGUAUCCCCUCGGCCACGGGCUUGUGCUGAUGUACAUCGGCUUCGGUCUAAUUUCGACUUUGUGCCUAAUAUUCACUCUCAAGACAGAGAAUGCCCGGCGCGACAGAGGUGAGCGCGAUGAGGUGAUCGAGGGCACCGAGGGCGGCAGCGAAAAGAAUGGCAUGUUCAGCUCUGUCAACGAGGCCAGGCGCGAAAAAGGCGAUAAAUGGAGCGGGUAUAGAUACACUCUUUAGAAUAGAAGACGAUCCGGAAAGCUCUCGCAAUGCUUUGCAUGUAAGUUUAGUGUACAUGUAAUAUUACUC